AUGUCAGACCGCACCACAGCAAACUCCACAAACGGCCAAGGAGGCCCAGGAGACCACAACGGAAACCGCCAGACCGAGUCGGCCAGCGAGAAUGCAGCAAGCCUAAACAACGAACACAACAACGACUCAUCUCAGCGCUGCCAGCAUAUCUGCCAGCAGCAACUCGACUUGGACUACUACCGGAAGUUCCUGGAAGACUUGUUCGUCGUCGUGCGCGAUGCUAAUAGCGAUUCUGUCGCUCGGCUGAUCUCGCUCAUUCGCUCUGGGGCGUCGAACGAGGAGAUCCACAGCGCCCUUCAACGCGUUCAGGCCGACAGCUGA